GGCUCUAAGACCGAUCACCAAGGACCACCAUCAUCAAGACAGUCUCUUUGGGAACUCAUUCCAGUCAAAGUCCUUCUUCAUAGUUCACCCAGAAUGGAUUAGUGAGACCGUAGACAACACAGACCCCGAGCCCCUUCACCGUCCCCCAUGGCCCUGGGAGCAGCCCAGAUACCGUCAGAAUAUCCAAAUCCCUAUAACAUACAAGGUCGACGAAACAGAAGAAGAGAAAAAUAAAACAGAAAACGAAGGAAAAGCCGAAGAUAAUUCAGAUAUGCCAAUGGUUAUGGACGCACCAAUGUGUUUACCUAUUGGUUACACUUUUACACAUCCCGGAAUAGACUUGACCAAACCUUAUGAAAAACAGACUCAAUUUGGAGCCCCGUUAGUAGAUACAUCAGUGUAUAAACUUAGUUACUAGAAUACAGUUAUCUUUCCUUAGUCAAUUAAAAAACUUGAAUUAUCAUAUAUAAAUAAAUAUACAUGUAGAGAAAAGAAAUGAUAGUUAUUAGUUUAAACAACACUAUAACAUUACGUUCACUGCCAGUAUAAGUUUGUAGAAUGUAGAUUUAAGACAAUCAUCCAUUAUACAAAAAGCAGAGAACUAAAUGUUACAUAAAAACAAAAACAUGAAAGUAUAUGAAAUACAUGUAUUCCAUCUAAACUCUCUUUCAGAAAAAGGAAUUAAAUGUUAUAAAAUGAUAAGCAGAUAUAAAAAAUCUGUAUUUAGUCAUUAUAGUCUGGUCAUUUUGACUUAAAACUUCAAAAAAUUUAUGUCCUCAUCAAAUUUACUUUCUUUUCAUACUAUUACAAUAACUUGAUGAUGAGGAAUGUUAGUUUAUACAAAUUUAUUUUAGUUUGAUUGUGUUGGAAGCUAUAAGCUUAUUUUAACACUCUCGAAUCCAUUCCUGGAACCAACCAGUACUAAAAAAUGCGUAUAAAGUCUUAUACAAGGCGUUUUAGUAAAAUUUAAAAAUAAAAUAAUAAUAAACAGAUGUAUAAAUUGUAAAAAAAAAA